CCUUAGUGUCAUUUCGCAGCUCGACUGGCGAAAGUUCGGUUGCAAAUUCAUCACCGGAGCUCAGGUGGAGUUUUGACACAUCUGCGAUGUCCCGUUCCACCGCUGACUGUGCGGCAGACACCCACUUCACUUUCGCCGCUAACGAACAGUACAGCACUGCAUCCCAGGGCGUUGAAUGACGGCUUCCAUCCCAGCUUCUGAUCUUCUUUCGAGCGCAGCAUAAGGUCUGCCUCGGGAUUCUAGCUCUAACCGAAUUCGUGCAAGCAAUGGGUCUAUGCUUGCACGAAUUGCGGGUGGCUGGUGGUUGUCGUGGACUGUUUCGGGGUAAACGGUGAGGACGUUGGGGAUGAUGAUGAGGGUGGACUGGUAGCUUGAAAAGAGUUGGAGGAUUGGACUCCGACUGCAGUUUCGGGAAGUGAAGCUGUUGAAGCUCUAACCCAGUGAUUGCUCCGAAAUCGAUGAAGGUGGAGGGAUUGUAGUUUGAAGGUAGGUAGUGGAACAAGUUUGCAGCUAGCCACGAGAGAGAUUUUCGUGUUCGUGAAAUAUGUCUUUGGGUAGCUUGUGAAGAGUUUAGCAGUUGGUUGCAAGUUGGUACUCUUGCCGGGCCGAUUAGAAUUUGAUUAGUUUUAAGAUGUAGCGAAGGGAUGGACCUACCUGCUCCAGGUUGAAAUUUGAACCAUAUCUCAUCAAGAGGUCGAUAAGCCUACAAUUCCCUCGCGAAGGCGACCUCGUGAAUGAAUCAAAUAUGAGUUUGUAGCAUGUCUGCGACAUUUUUUUUUCUUUGGUAAUGGAGCUGGCUUAGAUACUCUGACGUGCUACAUUGACCCCUGGGCUGACAAGGAAGCCGAUUUGCUCUGGAGUGGUAGCGAGGAUUAACUCACUUGAGCUCAAAAACUUAGGCAUUCCGAAGUGGGUGUCGACGUACUCAUGGGAAGAGGGGCUGCUGCGAGGAUGGCACCUGAUAAAAUUAGGAUUGGAGUUAAUGGAUUCGGUAGGUUUGGACGUCUCGUAGCGCGAGUCAUUCUCGAGAGAGACGAUAUCGACCUGAUCGCUGUCAAUGAUCCUUUUAUCAGCACAGACUACAUGGCAUACAUGUUCAAGUUUGACACAGUGCAUGGGCGAAUGAUGGACAUUGACAUAUACGCCGAAGAUGAGCAAACGCUGUCGUUCGAUGGCAAGAAAGUGACAGUCUUGAGUUAUAAGGAGCUUCAUGAGAUUCCCUGGAGUGAGCUCGGUGUCGAUUAUGUUGUGGAAUGUACUGGGAAUUAUACCACGAAAGAGAGAGCAGCGGAGCAUCUGAAGGGUGGUGCGAAGAAGGUGAUCAUAACAGAAUUCAGCAAGGAUGCGCCUAUGUUCGUAAUGGGCGUGAACGAGUGGGAAUAUCGACCUGAAUACAAUGUUGUGGCCAUGGCCAGUUGCACCACCAACUGCUUGAUGCCACUCCUCAAGCUUCUCAACGAUAGGUACGGAGUGGUAGAGGGUGUAUUGACAACUGUGCACUCCCUAACUGCAACGCAAAAGCUGCUCGAUGGUCCGUCGCUGACAGACUGGAGAGGUGGACGUGCAAACAUCCUAGCAAGCUCCACAAGCGCCGCAAAGGCAAUUGGUCGAUUGGUUCCUCGUAUGAGCGGAAGAAUUCGAGCCAUGGCUUUAAGAGUUCCAACUGCAGAUGCAUCGCUUGUAGAUUUGGUGGUCAAACUCGACAAACAAGUCUCUUAUGAAAAAGUCUGUGAAGUGAUCAAAGAAGAAGCCGCAGGCAAUUUGAAGGAUGUAUUAGGUUACACGGAGGAGGAUGCUGUCUCACACGACUUCCUCGGUGACAGCAGAUCGAGCAUAUUUGACGCGAAAUCUGGAUUUGAGUUUGGAAAUGGCUUCUUGAAGCUGGUGGCUUGGUUUGAUAACGAGUGGGGUUACAGUCACAGGGUGGUGGAUCUAAUUAAACACAUGGCCUCCUUGCAACCCUUGCCACUUCAUCACUAGAUUAAAAGCAGUGUAGAAAUGUAAACUAUCAUCCUGUAUAUAGUUACACGGAGGAUCGCGAAAUGCCCCCAUAUCAUUACUUGUACAGAAACCAAAGCAAAAUGAUCACAUUGGGUCGAAGUAGCAACCCUGCAAACAUACACUAUGAAGAAAUAAGAGAACAGAUCCACAGUGAAAGUGCAAGGAUCUAAACCUUCAGUACAAUAGUGUGAAAUUGUAAACUCGCAACACGCCGAGUAUCAGGUAGUGAAACCCAGGGAAAAACUUCAUGAUUAACAAUUGUGCAAAAAACUAAUAACUGGUAAACAAUAAUUCACAUGAAUAUGAAAGAUAAAUUUGGUUUUGAAUCGGAA